AUGGUAUCAGGUGUUGAUUUCUCCAUCAACAAACACCUCUGCAUCCAUCACACCCUCCGCAAGCACUCAGAAUCUCAGUCUUUCAAAAAACGCAUUUCAUGGAAGCAGGUGUAUGAUGUGACCCCAUUUUUGGAUGAUCAUCCAGGAGGUGAUGAAGUUUUAGUGACCGCAACAGAGAAGGAUGCCACCACUGAUUUUGAAGAUAUUGGCCACAGUGAAGCAGCAGUUGAGAUGAUGGAGGCAUACUUUGUUGGGGAUGUUGACACCAACUCUAUUCCAGCAGAACAAGCUCCCAAACACACUCCAAGCCCACCUACACUAGCACCUGCCUACAACAAUCAAUCUUUUGGAUUUGUGAAGAUAUUGCAGUACCUGGUGCCAUUGCUGAUAUUGGGCCUUGCAUUUGCUCUGCAGUACUAUGGCAAACAAAACAAGUCCACUGAAUCAGAAAAUUGAAUAUGAGCUGUGGCCAUAGUUUUAGUGCAUCUAUUAUCAAAGUCUAUAUCAAAAGUCUCCUGGUGGUAAUAAAGUGGCGGCAGUGUUGUUUCUUUUUCUUUUUCCUUUUCCUUUUUUCUGGGUAUCAUUUAAAAGUAUUUUUCUCUCUCAAUUAUCAUGCUGGGAUUAAUUUUGUUUCCUUGAUUUGCUAUGGCCUCUUUCUCAGUUAUGCUAGUUGCUCAUUUGGGAUUAUCUCAUGAAUAAUAUUUUGAAAUAUAUUCUAUUAAACAUAGUAACUGGAGUGCAGAUUAUUGUAUUA